CUGACAGCCCCAACCUGUGACUGGUUUAGGCUGUGUUCCCUGACUCCUCUUGAACUCUGGAGCUGUCUUUCCUGGUAGCAUCUCCCUCCCCUUUCUGCCCUGGCUGCACAAAUGUGCUCAAUUAGGGUUAACUCAAACUGAAUCAAACUUCGUGCCUGAGGUUGGAAAUCUUCCCAGUCAACUCACCACAGCCACAUAGCAUGGUGGGAGACAAGGCGAGAGGGGAGAUGAACGCUUUUCAGAGAAACGAAUCCAAGGAAACUUUGUUCACUUUUAUUUCUGCAGGAGAUGAUCCCCCCAAAGGAGAUUUCCCUCUUCAGAAAAAAUCUCCGAAACUCUGUGGCUCCAACUACCCCCUAAGCAUUGCCUUCAUUGUGGUGAACGAGUUCUGCGAGCGCUUCUCCUACUAUGGCAUGAGAGCUGUCUUGACACUCUAUUUCUUAAGCUUCUUCCACUGGGAUGAGAAUCUCUCCACUGCUGUGUACCAUGCCUUCUCUGCGUUGUGUUAUUUCACACCUGUCAUUGGAGCCAUCAUGGCAGACUCAUGGCUGGGCAAAUACAAGACGAUCAUCUACCUCUCCAUUGUGUAUGUUGUUGGCCAUCUGAUAAAGUCAGUCGGUGCCAUUCCAUCCCUGGGCAACCAGGCUGUUCAUGUGGUCCUGUCUAUGGUUGGUCUGUUUUUGAUCGCCCUUGGAACGGGAGGUAUCAAGCCCUGUGUCUCUGCAUUUGGUGGGGACCAGUUUGAAGAGGAACAUACCUCAGAGAGAAGCAAGUUUUUUUCCAUCUUCUAUUUAUCCAUUAAUGCUGGAAGUUUGAUCUCCACGUUUGUAACUCCUGUAUUAAGAGGGGAUGUGAAAUGUUUUGGAGAGGAUUGUUAUGCACUGGCUUUUGGUGUCCCAGCAGCACUGAUGGUGUUGGCACUUGUUGUGUUCAUUGCUGGAAGUGGACUGUACAGAAAAACACCACCACAAGGAAAUGUCUUGCUGGAAGUGUGCAAAUGCAUCGGUUUUGCUAUUAAAAACCGGCUGAAAAACCGCUCCCCUGAGAUUCCAAAGAGAGAUCACUGGCUGGACUGGGCUUCAGAAAAAUACUCAAAACAGCUGAUUGGGGAGGUUAAAAUGGUGACUCGCGUUCUCUUCCUCUUCAUACCACUGCCAAUGUUCUGGGCCCUGUUUGAUCAGCAGGGAUCCAGGUGGACUUUGCAAGCCACAAAAAUGAAUGCUGAUUUUGGAAUAUAUGUCCUUCAGCCUGACCAAAUGCAGUUCUUAAAUCCACUUCUUAUUCUUGUCUUCAUCCCAAUUUUUGACUUUGGGCUCUACCCCCUGAUAAACAUGUGCAAAUUGAAUUUCACACCUAUUAGGAAAAUGGCAACAGGUAUGAUCCUUGCAGGGCUGGCAUUUGGACUUGCAGCCAUUAUAGAAGUCAAAAUAAAUGAAACCGACAUGCCUCGCCUUGUCCCAAAAGAAAGUUUAAUUCGGGUCCUGAAUUUGGCAAAAAACCCUGUUCAAGUGGCAAUCCAAGACAAGGACCUAUUUCAGCAGCCUGUGGAGUCCUUUCAGAACCCAGCUGAGUACUCAAAAUUAAUAUUGAAUGGAGAGCAACAGAGCCUUCACUUCACCCUGCAACAUCAAGGAUUGACUCUUGCUUUUAACUACACCAUGAAGGAAAAAUCAGUAUACAGCUUAAUUGUUUUUGAGGCAGAAGGAAGCCUAUCAAGCUGCUUAAUUACGGACUUGGAAGCAAAGCCAGAAAAUGGUUUGGCAGCUGUUAGAUUCAUUAAUGCUUUGAGCCAAGAUGUCAACCUCACUAUCAAUAGCAAAAGUUUCAUCGCUGUUCAGAAAAACUACAGUGCUUCUGAGUACUCACUGCUGGAGAGGGACAUAUAUAAUGAUGGAAAAUGCAUAACUGAAACAGGAGAGUUCCCCCUGGAGCUGGGGCUGCUUGACUUUGGUGCCUCAUACACCGUUGUGAUAACUAAUAUUUCUGGAGGUGCUGUUGAGACGUGGAAGUCAGAAGACAUCAAAGCCAACAAUGUCCAUAUGGCCUGGCAGUUGCCACAAUAUUUACUGAUAUCUGCUGGGGAGGUGAUGUUCUCCAUUACAGGUCUGGCCUUCUCCUAUUCUCAGUCUCCAGCCAGCAUGAAGUCAGUGCUGCAGGCAGGCUGGCUGCUCACCGUGGCUGUGGGGAAUACCUUUGUGCUCAUUGUUGCCGAGGCUGCACCAAUGGCACAGUGGGCUGAAUUUGUCUUGUUCACUGUUCUCCUCUUUGCUGUGUGCAUUAUUUUCUCCAUCAUGGGAUAUUUCUAUGUCAGUGUGGAUCCAGAGGACCUAGAAGAAAAGGAAGAGAAGAGAGAGACCUCAAGCAGAGGAAACAUGAUUGGUCUUGUUACUCAGAAAACAAAGCUCUAACACAUCAUGGGUUGGGAUUUUUUUUAAACUCAGUUAUGAGAAGGUGAAAAAAGGGUGGGGACAGUGUUUUUUUUAUUUUAGAGCAUUGCAGUCUUUGUUACUCAAAAUGUAACCACCUUAUAAAUGGGACCAAACAGCCCUCUAUAAAAACAACGGGGGUCCUGAAAUCAGAACAAAACUCCUUGGGAAAGCUCCUCAGGUAUUAAAAGCCCUUAGUAGUAAUUGCAGUGUAAUUUAAAACCUGCCCAUCUUUUUAAGCAUGGAAUCCUUUCCUAUGAUUUUGCCUUAAACAUAUAUUUAGGGCAGCAGGGAGGAAGGGUGGAAGGAAUGACAUAUGACACAAAAAUCUGGAAAUGUUAUGAAAGAAGAAAGAGGAAAAACUAGUAUAAGAAUUAGGGAAGAAUAGAUGUUAGUGACAGAAGGAUUUUUAAUGCUAUCAUCAAGGACUGUAAGGGUUACACACAAUCCCAAAGGAUUUCAUCAUGUAACUCUCCUUAUGAGUAUUUCAUCCCAUUAUUGCAUGUUAUGAAUGGUUCUGAUUUAUGAUUUUCACCUUCAGGCUCAGAAGUAAUAACAGGGAAUUAAAUUCUGCAGACUAAAAUAUUCCCAAAACACUGCUGACGAAGACAAGCAUGCUGCCACCUCUCCCAUUUUUUCCCCUAGAAGUUUUUAACAACUGAUGGUGUUCUUUGAUUAGACAUGAUUAGAGAAUUGCUUUAUGCUUUCAUAUUUCAGAAUUCCAGACAGUUAUUUGCCAUCUUCCUAUACAUUAAGCCUUUAUUGGGCAUCUCCUUUUACAGCACCUGUCACUGCAAGUUAGGAUAUGGCUGAUUUCUUAUCUCAUGCCUCAGUUAUUCCCCACUGGGAGACAAGUUGCAGUAGUUUCUAUAAAAUUCCAGGCAUCCUGCAGUGAGUUAUUUACAAGGAUGCACUUUAUCAUUUUUUCAGUCUACAAGAGGAGACCAUGGCAUAUGAGAUUUUUCUUUUUCCUCCUUGUUUGUCUGUCUCUACCAGACUUUGGAUAUAGCAAUUUUAUUGGAAUUGUGAUAUAAUUGUCUGAUUUUCCUCAAUUGCGUGAAGCUGUGAUUUCAUGUUCUGCAUAGGAGUAAUCCAACCACUGCUGAUCUAGUAAAACUCCUGAGAGAGUCCCUGCCUUCCUCUGUCACUUCAAGGCCACAGUUGUAACAGGUAUGGCCUAAUUCAAAACAAGGUUGUCAAUAGGAUCUUCAGGUUCACAGAGAAUAAGUUUUAAAUUAUGCUUUCCUCUUCCAUCUUGGCAGUGGCCAUAGGUGGUUACUGAUACUUGGAUUCCGGAGAUCACAAAAUACGUGUUUAAUUUAAUUCCUGUUCAGGACAGUGCUAGGAAAUACACUUAGUUUGACACCACCUCA